AUGGCGGAAGCUGCGCGCAAUCAGCUGCAUCUCACUUUCAAGAAUCUGCUCGCCUCCGGUGAAUUCUCUGAUCUCACUGUGACCUGCGGCCCGGACUCAUACAAGGUUCACAAGAAUGUGGUGUGUUCCCGUGCGGAGUUCUUCUCUCGCGCUGUCAAGUUCGGAGGCAAGGAGACUGAACAAGGCAGUGUCGAUCUUCCAGAAGAUGAACCCGCUAUUGUUAAGUUGAUGAUGCAGUACAUCUACGAAGGCGAAUACGAUCCUACACUUCCCGACAAUAGGUUGAGCAAUUCUAUGCAGCCCGAGUGCCACCACACAUGUCGUGGCUUCACCUGCGGAUUGUGCUAUGUCGCACCUACAGCGCCUACAGCCCUGCCUAUCCCCGGCUCGCCUACACAGCUGAUGGUCCACGCUAAGCUCUAUGAGAUCGCCGACAAGUACGACGUGGUAGGCCUAAAAGAACUAGUGAUCGAAAAGUUCAAGCGGGCUUGCCACAGCUUCUGGAACGAUCCCUCCUUCGCAGCUGCGGCUCAUCACGUUUUCUCCACCACCCCGGAACAUGACAAAGGUCUGAGGGACAUUGUGUCGAAGACCAUUGCGGAACACAUGACUGAGCUUGUGAAGAAGCCUGAGGUUGAAGCUUUGCUUACUGAGUUCAAUGGACUGGCCUUUGGCUUGCUCAAGAUGAAGACGGAGGCUGGUUGGAAGUGA